AUGAGCGUCCCGGGCCCCUCUGGCCUGUGGCCGUCUUGGCGACAGUCGCCUCGCGGUGCCGCGCUGGUUCCCUUUCCUGCGUGCGCGGCUUCCCGGAUUGCCUGGGUCCCCUCCUUGUUUCUGAUGCAUCGUUAUCAGGAGUCCUGUGGGCCUGCGUUUUCUUGUUAUGAGCAACGAGUUCAGCUUCCUAGAAAGUCUUUGCAGAAGCCAGGAAAGACCUUCAAAUCCAGGUUAAAAGAGCCGCACCCAGAGACAUGGACGUGGGCGCUCCACUGCAGUCUGCUCUACAGUUACACCUCGGAGAGCUCACGUGUGGGGGAAGCAGUGUGUCAGGGCACAGCCUGGACUCUUCAGAUCACUGUAGGAUCAGAUGUGACCUAUGGUCACAAGAUAAGGGCUAUCAAUGCUGCAGCCUUUGAGAGCAGUGUUGGAUGCCACAGUGGUUUCAACAGCUUCCUCAUGUUAGCGCUAAGAGCAGAAGAAGACAUUACUGUAUCAUUUAAUACUAAAGUAACAUUGUCAGAUAAGUACCUUGCCCAGAGUUCCCUGAAUGAGAAGCACCAAGGCCUGUCAUCAAAACAAGUCAGUCUGAGGCCAGGACUUAUCCACUACACCACACUGCUUCAUGUUGUUCAGUCUCCUCAGUGUAAAGCUAUAGUUCUUAGAACAAUGGAGUCUCAGCAGCUGACUUUCCAUGUUGAAAAUUCAAGCUCAAAUUCUCCAAAGAUGAGGACAGAGAAUCAGAGCAAAGCCGCGUCCUGGAGAGGGGGCCGAGCAGCCGUGCGCUGCUGUGGUGCGGGGCGCCGACCCUCCGAGGCUUCUCUGACGGGAGGGCCAGCGGAAGAGCGGCCCGUGUUACCCGUUCCUUCUGACACACGUGCGUCCCAGGAGCUCGGCGCGCGGAAGGUGCGUGGGCAGGUGGGCGUGGCGCCCGCGCGCGGGCAGCGGGGCGGGAGGAGGAGGAGGAGCUGGCUGCGCCCGCGGAGCGAGGACGCGCCGCUCCCUGAAGCCAGGACAAAGUCUGGAGAGGAGGGAGGGCUCCGAGGCUCCGCUGGUCCCGGCCUGCGCCGUGCCCGCGGAGCCUGGGCGCUGGCCCUGGUGCUGACGCCGCUGGCACCCGGGGCCCGUGGGCGAGGUAGGCGCGCGGGGCGCCCCGGUGCCGCCUUCCGGCUUCGUGAGGUUGUCGCCGCCGGACCUUCCCGGCGUCGCUGCCGCCGCGGGCGCUGGACAGCCCGGUGCGCCGGCGUUGUCUGCGGCUCCCUGGCGCCGGUGGACUUUUUCCUCCACUGCGACCCCCGGUCCUGCUCGUGUGCCUUCGUUUCCCGCGCUUUACCGUUUGGCUGGGUCUGCCCGAUAACGCCAGUGGGUGCCAAGUGCCGGGCAAGUUCUCUUCGUACCUGUGUUAGAAUUCGUUUGGCUGCCGCGGAAGAAAUCUGUCCGCCUCCCUUCAUCCCUGGCGAGGAAAACACGGGCAUAAUGUUUUCAAGGCUCAUCCGUAUUGUAACGUGUCUGUACGUCAUUUCUUUGAAAGCUCAUGAGUGCUCUCCUGGGGGAGAUGGGAUUCUUCGGAGACAUAGAAAUGUCCAUUUUGACUCCUUGCACCUCCAGCAGUGGGCUGUUCAAGACCUGAUCUGUGACCGCUCCCUCUCCCCCUGAUGGUAUCAGUUUCUCCUCUUUGACAGACCUGCUGAAAUGUCAACCACGUGUGUUGAGAUAAGCCACUGUGGAACACAGGCCCCCAUCUGGCUGUCCCUAGGUUCAGAAACACUGCCUUCUCCUGGGGAGAUGAAGCACCUGACCACUUGUGCCACAUGGCGGUUUCUGUUCAGUGCGACCAGAGGCUGCUGCUUUCAAAUCCCUGUGUCUGUAAGAAACUGUGGGAAAUUUUUUGUGUACUUUCUACAGUCCACUCAGGGAUGCAUGGGCUAUUGUGCGGAAGUGAUUCCUGAGGCAAAAUUACACCCAUGUGGCCCUGAGGAAAUUGAAAUUGGAGGUGCCUGUGUUGGCAACAUUUCCCUACUGCAGCCCUCAUUGCCACUUCUGCCUCCAGGAAGGCUGAAAGUUGUGGUGGAAUUGAUUGAGUCCAGGCUUUUCUGUAGGUGUGCUUUUGAUGUUUUUCCCAUGAACAGCUCAGUGGGAUUUCUUGUAGCUUGGACCAGGAUGUCUUCUCGGGAAAUCAAGGAGGAGCUGAAACAGGAAACCACAGUUCAGGCAUUCUCUCUCUUAGAACUUGAUGGCAUAAAUCUCAGACUUGGAGAUAGGUAACUGUAUUCGUAAAUAUUCUGUAGUGCUUCUGUCUUUUUCUUGGAGAAACCACAUAUACAAAGUUUAGUCCGUGAAAGCAAAGAAUAUUUUGCAGGCAUCAAGAUAGGUAGCAGUUGGUUUUUGCAACCUGAAUUGAGCACUAUAUAAGAAGAUGGGAGAGAAUACCAGUUAAAGAUAGAGAGCAUUCCAGUCAUUUGUUCUGGACUUGGUAGACUUGAUCAAGAUUGCAAAAUUUCAUUAAAACUAAAAACCGUUGAUCAAGGUAAAGUGUACCUUGGCUUAAAUCUGGCCCUGUCUUCCUGCCUUGUGGACCUUCUCCAGAAUGCUUCCUGUUCUAAUGGCACCUGUACCCAUGCCUUUGUGUACUACCCUGCUGUAUCAGAGUUUUCUGGAGAUGGAGAUAGAGUUACAAACAUAGUAGAGCAGCCAAUAGCUCAUGAGGACUUCCUGUGGAACGGCUACAUUCCCGACAAAAUUAAGAUCAGAGUAAAGGAUGUCCCAACUGCUUACUGCUAUUCAUUUACUGACCCACAUAUAAUUAGAUUUAAUGGCUGGUUAUAUGAUAAUUUCAAGGCCAGAACAUUUGUGCUUUAUAAGAGUAUGCCACGUGAUUUUGGCCUGCACUAUCCUGUGUCAUGUAACUGCGGGUUUGUUGCCAAGGAAGAAGGUGAUGUGGUUACCUUGGAUAUGUGCAGUGGUCACCUGUACAAAUCACUGUAUUUGUUUGUAAAGAGCCAAGAUGGAGCCAGCAAUAUCAAGAUAACUGAAUCUUACUUAGGAACAAAAGUCACAGUCUGGUUUUCUUCAGGAGCAUUUAUCCGUGCUGAUCUUAGUGAAUGGGGCAUGAGCAUAACAGAGCACCUAGUGUAGAUUUUAAAAACACUGGGACUUUGUGGUACUUUUGAUGAAAAUCCAGAAAAUGAUUUCCGUGACAAAAAUGGAAUCAAAAUUGAUAAAAAUUUUAAUAAUUGUGUGGCAUUUAUUAAUGAAUGGAGGAUUUUACCAGGAAAAAGCAUGUUUGACACAAAGCCAAUUUCUGCAGCAUCACCUGGAAAGCCAUCCUAUUGUAGCUGCUCAUUGGACACUGCUUUGUUUUAUCCAUCUUCUAAUCAUCUGGACGGUACUUUUCAAUUAGAACGUGCUUCAGGUUGCAAUGAGCACCAUGAAGAUCGUAUAUGCACACAUUUGUAUUAUAAUAGCAGUAAGUGGGUGCUGGGAGACCCCGUCUAUACACAGGCGGUUUUCAAAAAUAGCAGAACUGUGGAUUGUUAGCUGCCUGCUGGUGUCCAGCUGUCUGAUGCUGUGUACCUGAUGGCUGAGAAACUAAUUGCAAAGUGGCAAUUAAAGGUAUCUAACGAUGGUCAUAAAUUCAGUAAUUCCAAAACAAUAAUCAUGUAUGGUGGCGUUGGUCAAGUCUGUGGUCUCCAUGAACAUGACUCAUGUACAAUCAAGGAACAUGUUUUAGUCAUUGACAUAGUUCAGUACGAUAAAGACUAUUUGCCAGAUGAAUCACAGCUUGGGCUCAAGACUCAUGGUUUAUUGCAGGAAGGCAAUGGAAAUUUGAGGAAAAAUCUAGUGCAAGAGACAAAUAAACCAGAGUAUUAUUCUGAGUUGGUGUCGGGUUUGUUAUACAGAGAUGUUUUCUGUUUUACAAACAACCAACCCCCAGUGAUGCAAACAUCAUAAGACAAAUUACAGACUUUUUAUGGCGAAAACUUUGUGUACCAGUUCCUGGCCUUUGAUCCAGAAGGUUCUUAUGUCCAUUUUACCCUGGAUUCUGGCCCUGAAGGAGCCAUGGUUUCUGGUGCAGGGCUCCUGACAUGGAGAGCAGAGUCACAGACCACUGCGCUGUUCUCUCUGCGCUCCAUGAUGACUGCAGUGCCAUCUUGUGUCGACAGUUCUAAUUGUGAUAGUGAUAAAGAUUUUAAGCCAACAUCAACUGAACAUUCAUUUAUUGGAACAAGUCCUGCUACUACCAGAAGGUUCUUGAAUACAAUCACCAACGUCUACCACUUGUCAUCAAAAUCAGUUACAACUCAAGAGGAUAAUUCAGAGAAGGCUGCUUCCCAUCAGAUACCAAGUUAUGAACACAUGGAUCAUGCACUCAGGACAGAUCUUAGUCUUCAUGAGUCAGGAGUUUCUCUGGACAACAGUAUAAAGGAUAUUAUCCCAAACUCCAUCCAAACAGAAACAGGAGGGUUUAUUUCUCAAAUUAACAGUUCUUCCCAAGGUUACACACAGAAUAAGGAUGGGCUCGCAUCAUCAGUCCCUAAUGCAAUCACUGAUCCAGAAAAGUUUGGAUCGACCAAAGCAUCAACUUGUGUUGAAUCAUCUUGUUUCCCAGGUGUUUCCUGUGUGCCGGCCAUAGAUGGCCACAUCAGAUGUGGACGUUGCCCCUCGGGGUAUUAUGGCAAUGGUAUCCACUGUAGGGCCAUUUGUAGACACCCAUGUGGAAAAACCAGGGAAUGUGUUGCCCCAAAUGUAUGCAAAUGUAGGCCUGGGUACAUUGGGUCUAACUGCCAUACUGCUGUAUGUCACCCUGACUGCAAGAACCAUGGAAAAUGUGUCAAGCCUGACCUCUGUCAGUGUCCUCCAGGACACAGUGGCCCAACCUGUGACAAAGAACAUUGUCACCCACCUUGUCAACACAGCGGCACGUGCCUGGCCAGCAAGCUCUGCACCUGUGCUUAUGGUUUUGUUGGACUAAGAUGUGAAACAAUGAUCUGUAACAGGCACUGUGAAAAUGGAGGUGAAUGUCUUACACCAGAUGUUUACCAGUGCAAGCCUGGCUGGAAUGGACCAACCUGUAGUGCAGCUUUGUGUGUCCCCGUUUGCCUCAAUGGUGGUUCCUGUAAUAAGCCAAACACUUGCCUUUGUCCAAACAGAUUCUUUGGUGCACGAUGUCAGAAUGCUCUCUGUCACCCUCCCUGUAAGAAUGGUGGCCACUGUGUGAGAAAUAAUGUGUGCGUCUGUCGUGAAGGCGACACUGGCAGGAGAUGCCAAAAAAGCAUCUGUGAUCCUAUGUGUGUGAAUGGAGGAAAGUGUGUGCGGCCAGACAUCUGCUCUUGUGCUCCUGGCUGGAGUGGAAAGCAAUGCAACACACCUGUCUGCUUUCAGAAAUGUAAAAAUGGUGGUGAAUGCAUUGCUCCUGGCAUCUGCCACUGUCCCCCUGCUUGGGAAGGAGUGCAGUGUCAAAUACGGACAACAGUAAAGAUGGGGGAGGAAAACGGGGAAAGAGCAGCCGAGGACCCCGCGUCCUGCCUUUCUGUCACUUGUUGUCUCCCGAGUCCCGACCUUCACUUCUCCGGCUUCGUUCUGCUGCUCCCCAGGGCCGUCCUUUCUACUCGUUUCUGUAUCUCUUGGGCUCCUCAACACAGAGUACAAAGAAAUUUAUCUUUAGCAGGAGAAAAAAGAACAGGUGCAAAAACGGCCGUUGGGGCCGAGCUCCUGCCUGCACCUUCCCCUCUGCCCGUCUUCAGUCGUCUUCACAGGGACCUGCACACCUAA